AUGAGACUGACCAUGAAUUGAUCCAACAAAUAUUUGCAGAAGUCGGCGAUAACACGGGUCUGUGCCGUUGGGGGCUUCUUUAUAUCAAUACCGGUAUUUUUAACAGGAAUAAUCCUCUACACGUUCAUCCAGUUCCACUCAACUCCUGCAAUAGUGACCUCUGUGUUCAUAGGAGUGGGCAUCAUCUUCUGCGGCUGUGCCAUGGUUCACAACGUGUUCGUGUGGCAGAAAGAGAAGACGAACUUAGUCAAGGCGUUCCGGACACAAGACCCAAACACGAGCAGCUCCCCGCCUAAUCUAAAUGCGUCGAACGGAGUACUUAUAGGAAACGGACAUUUGAAUAGUACUGGCAUGGGGAAUUUAAGUUUUCAUAGCAUGGCGGGUAAUACAGUUCCCUAUUCGCAUCCUAUUACGUUAUUGCAACAAGGAGGUCCUUAUAUUAUAAGGCCUCCAACGAGCACCCCACCAGGAGAAGGCGCCGCUACCCCCGGGGUCCCAGCAGCGACCAUCGACCUAAGCCACGACACACACGAACUGAGCACGCUAGUCUGA